AUGUCUACGUUUCCCGUACAGCAAUGGAAUCUAGGAAUAGGUCCGAUAUCGUGCCAUGCAUGGAAUCGAGAUCGAACAAUGCUUGCUGUUUCACCAUCAAAUAACGAAAUUCAUAUAUUUCAAUGGCGAAAUGGGCGAUGGACGUUGGCAGCACUGUUGGCUGAACAUGAUUUACCUAUAACUGGUCUAGACUGGGCACCAAAAACCAAUCGUAUCGUUUCAUGUGCACAGGAUAAAAAUGCUUUUGUAUGGACCUUUGAUGGAGAGCAUUGGAAACCCGAAUUAGUUGUUGUACGAAUGCAGAGAGCAGCAACAUGUGUGAGAUGGUCGCCAUAUGAAAAUAAAUUUGCUGUUGGUAGCGGAGCUAAAUUGGUAUCAGUUUGCUAUUAUGAGAAGGAGAAUGAUUGGUGGAUUUGCAAACAAAUCAAGAAACCUAUUCGUUCCACGGUUACUUGCAUUGAUUGGCAUCCCAACAAUGUUUUGCUUGCUGUCGGUGCAUGCGACUUCAAGACUCGUGUCUUUUCUGCUUAUGUAAAGGAAGUGGAUGAAAAGCCUUCACCGAAUCCAUGGGGUACCAAAAUGCCUUUUGGUGCUUUGAUGUGUGAAGCGAAGAGUUCCGGAUGGAUUCAUUAUGUUGCUUUUUCACCAUCUGGUUGUCGAUUAUCUUACGUUGCUCACGACGCAACUAUUGCCGUCAUCGAUACCAAUCGUUCCUUAGAAGAAGCUAUUAUUCUGCGUACUGUUUACCUGCCUUUCACUUCCGUCCAAUGGGUCACCGAAAAUAGUCUUAUAGCAGCUGGUCAUGACUAUUCUCCAAUGCUAUUUAUGUACUCAGGCGAUCAACUUAAAUUCGUAAUAAAACUUGACAUCCCAUCAGAGCAAAAGUCAGCAAAUAUUAAUAGUGCAAUGCAGAAGUUCCGUAAUAUUGAUCGAAAUGCUGCAAUUGAAGCUGUGGACAUACGUCUAAGGACUAUGCAUCAAAAUGCUAUUACAGAAAUUCUACCACACAGCGGUCGUAAUGACAGCAUGCAGAAGUUCAGUACGUGUGCAGUAGAUGGCUUAGUCGCAUUGUGGGAUCUCAAAGCAGCGAUUGAACAUUGUCAGGAUACUGCGGUGCCUGUUUGA